AUGUUACGGAGAUGUAUAGUUUUAAACUAUAAUAGUUUAUUAUCAUCAUCAUCAUCAUCAUCAUCAGUAUCAUCAACGACGACGACGACGAGAUAUAGGAGUAAUAGUAAAAACAAUAAUAAUAAUAAUAAUGUAUAUUUAUCAAGGCAGUCAUCGUCAUCAUUUUCAUCACUACCACUUGUAUUAAGUUAUAUAGAUAGAAACUUUAUUGGUAGAUCAUAUUGUACAAGUUCAUCAUCGACCAUUUUAAAACAAGAUGAACACUUGACGACUACACCUUUUAUAAAGUUUUACAAACCAUCAGAUACAUCGUCAUCAUCAAGUAGUAACCAACCUAUCAACCCAAGUAAAUACCCUUUUAUAAACGAUCGUCAAAUAAUACCCUCAACAAAAUCAAGCAACAACAACAAAUCUACAUCGGUAGCAUCAUUUUAUCGAGAACACAAAAAGAAACAAGCAGAGAUAAAAGUAGAGACGGCACAAGCACCCGAUCACAUUCAUUAUGACACCAAGACAACCUAUCUAUCAAGUGAUUUACCUACAUUUAAAGCAUUUGAAGAAAAAUAUUUACAACAACAACAAGAUGAACAAAAGAUAUUAAAUGAAUCAUUAUUAUUAGAAGAAUUAAAUGAUGAAUUGAUAUUUUCAGAUAUUCAAAGUACAUAUACAUUAUUUAAAUGGUUAUUGAUGAAUGAUAAAGUGACGACGGCAUUGGUGAAUGCUACUAUUCGAAAAUUGACAGAUUUCUUUGAUACAAGACACAGACAAUCGACGCGACUCAUGUUGAGUUUUGCCAGUCAAUUGGGAGACUUGCAACACUUAGAUGCAUAUGCAGUCGCUGCUCUACUCGAAUAUGUUGGUCAUGUUGAUUGCCAACCACAAGAUAUCACAGUUUCAACAGCGGUGGAGUCAGAUGGUCGCCGCGGGCGUGUCACCCACUCCCUCUGGCUUGGCCAUGAUGAUCCAGCACUACAACGGACUCAACAGCAUGGAGAUGGUCGCAUUCUACCAGAAUCAGGCUAA